UCGUACACACUAUACCACGUAUCAACCACUAUAGGUGACUCACAAAAAAAGAAAACUAGUGAUAAAAAAAAUUCUAGCUAAAAGUCCAAAAAUGGUGCAAGAGGAAAUCAGAAGAGGACCAUGGACAGAACAAGAAGAUCUUCAGCUUGUAUUUUAUGUAAAAUUAUUUGGAGAUCGAAGAUGGGAUUUUCUAGCCAAAGUUUCAGGUUUGAAAAGAACAGGAAAGAGUUGCAGGUUACGUUGGGUUAAUUACUUGAAUCCUGAUCUUAAACGUGGCAAGAUGACUCCUCAAGAAGAACGUCUUGUUCUUGAACUUCACUCUAAAUGGGGAAAUAGAUGGUCAAGAAUUGCUCGAAAAAUACCAGGGCGAACUGAUAACGAAAUCAAGAAUUACUGGAGAACACACAUGAGGAAGAAAGCUCAAGAACAAAGGAAAAAAGCAACUUCUAUUUCUCCAUCUUCGUCUUUUUCAAACUGUUCAUCUUCUUCUUCCAUAACUCGUGAAGAAAAUGAGAGAAAUUUCUACGAUACCGGUGGAAUCGAGCAAUUGCAAGUUGAAGAACAAAAGAAAGAUAAUGAUCAAGAACAAGCUGGGGAGAGUAUGAAAGUUUAUUCAAUGGAUGAAAUAUGGAAAGAUAUUGAAUUAUUAGAAGAAAAUGAAACAAUUAAUAAAUCAAUUAUGGGGUCAAUUUCACCCCUAUGGGAUUAUUGUGCGGACCCCAUGUGGAAAGAUUUUGAUUGGAGUACCUUUCGGUAAGAGCGUGAUUUUGAAUUAGUCGGGCCAACAGACUUCAAAUAUCGAAUGGUUAGACUGGAAAAAGAUAAGACGGACUAAUAGGAGGAUCAUUUAUUUGAAAAAAAAAAUAUUAUAAUUAGUUGGUUUUGGUUUUAUAAGAGUAAGUUCUAACUUGUAUAUCACUAGCAGUAGUAUAAUAAAAAGUCUGCUGUUGUAGCCAUCUGAUGAUAUGCUUUAAUUUACUAGAGUUUUAAAAGUCUGUUACUAUGUGAUUAUUACCAUCGGCAAUCUUUCUUAUGAAAUUUAAAUUUUUCUUGAAUUCCUUGUAAAAGUUCUUAGCUUCCUAUAUGUGUAAAUUUGUAAUCUUUUCUUGUUGUU